AUGCCAUCCCAACCACCACGACCCAUAAGAAGAGGUCGGCCACCUCCAUCCGCAGCUACGUCGAAGGGCGUACCCACAGCCGCCACUGCUGCGACCCAAGGAGGAAUCCCAAUCAAGAAGCUCAUCUGGACAGGCGCAUUCGCGGCGGUGACCAUCGUCGGGAGUCUAUACGGAGCGGGUUUAAAGACGCAGCGCGAGUAUAAAGCUGAAAGACAACAAUUCAUCGAAGCCACGCCUGAGGAGCGGAUCCAUGCGCUGGAGCACCGCCGGGGCGUCCUCAUGUCGCAGAAGAUCCCGCUCGAGAUGAAGCUGCGGGACCUCAGGGUGCGGCUCAAGGCCGAGGAGGCGGGGGCUGAGGGCGACGUUGCUACUAAUGUAACGGAUGGUAAGGCGAAGUGA